CAGCAGCCUGCGACCGGGGCGGAAGGAGGCGCUGGGCGGGUACCGCGUGUGAGGAGAGCCGGGCCGGGCCUGCUGACGGGGCUCAGCUCCGUAAGCUGACAACCAUCAGCCAAGUACAAGACUGUCACAAUGAGUUUUGUUGAAUACGGAGAUACGAUAAAGGAUGGUGACACAGCUAUAGUGUUCUUGGGCCACGAAUCCAUGUUUCCUGUGAAAGUCCAGCAUGGCACUGUAACUCAGACUAAGUAUGGGGUCAUCAGGCAUUCCAUGGACCUCAUAGGCAAGAAGUAUGGCUCCAAAGUGACCUGCAGUAAAGGAGGAUGGGUGUUUAUUCUUCAUCCAACUCCAGAACUGUGGACCAUGAAUCUUCCACACAGGACGCAGAUUCUGUAUUCCACUGACAUCUCUAUAAUCACCAUGAUGUUAGAACUGAAACCAGGCUCCAUAGUAUGCGAAUCAGGUACAGGCAGUGGAUCCCUCUCCCACGCUCUCAUCAGGACAGUGGCUCCCACAGGGCAUCUGUACACAGUGGAGUUCCACCAACAGAGGGCCGAGAAGGCCAGGGAGGAGUUUCGGGAACAUGGGGUGGAGCAUCUGGUCACUGUGACCAACCAGGAUGUCUGCAAAAAUGGGUUUGGUGUAUCAAAUAUUGCAGAUGCUGUGUUCCUAGAUAUUCCAUCUCCAUGGGAAGCCAUAGGACAUGCAAAGUCAGCGUUAAAAGCUGAAGGUGGCCGCAUCUGCUCUUUCUCCCCCUGCAUCGAACAAGUCCAGAGAACCUGCCUAGCGAUGGAAGAAUAUGGUUUUACAGAGAUUAACACCUUGGAAAUUCUGCUCCGAGUGUACAACGUAAGGACAAUUAGCUUGCAAAUCCCUGACCUUGGAAAAGCAGCUGAGGAUAAUUCUAGCGCUGGCUUUGACAGCAGCAACCCAUCAAACCAAGGUAGCCCAUGCGCUAAGCUGCAGCAAGGAACUGUGCAGUUCAAAAGCGGUGUGCCACUCAGGGAGAUGGUCGGUCACACUGGAUACCUGACCUUCGCCACCAAGAGCCUGUUUUAGUACACGUUGAGUUUGUGCAGUUUGGAGUGUUUUGUGUGUUUGUGUAUGUUUUCUGUUUUCAUGGUUCUUUUUUGUAGGGCAUCCAAAUUUUUACUUGUCAGGGAAUUCCAUAUAUAGUCAGAUUUGGUUGGAAUAUGCUUUGUUUAAAUAGCACACAAGCAUUAACCAGAGCAGCAUCAAGGGAAUGUCGAGACUCUGGAAUGGUGCUCCACUUGCCGUCAGAAAGAAGAUAAAUUAAUAGCGAACGGCCAUUCACUGGAAUGUGCAGAAUAAAGAUCUCUCCUGAUAAGAAAGCAAAACAAACAGCACACUAAUUGCAAAUAAGUUGGAUUUUUUCUUCUUCUUUUCUGAAUUACUUUCCCAGGUUUAUGUUUUUAUUUUUUUUCUAGCACUACUAGACACUUUUUUUUUAACUCCUCUAAUGUCUGUGUUGCUCUUAGGAAUGUGAAAGUGCCUACUUGCUUCAUUUUAGAUAUGAAAGUUGCAAGGUCAUAGGGUUGCCAACAUGACUGAUCACAGAAUUAGUGUUUCCUUGCAAUAGUGUUCGGCUGCACAGAGCAUUAUUGGCAGCGCUUAGGAACACAACCUCUCUCUCUGUUCCAGGCUGGCAUCUGCAAAUCACUUAGAUUACACAGAGGUCAAGGAAGUGUGCUAAUCAUUGGAUUUGGUUUCAAAUAGUAUAUUGUGCUCAUCAAUUUAUAGUGGAAAUUUGGACCUGGAUUCAUACUGUAGUCUUCUAAUAGACCAUCCACUUUCAUAGUUCAUGAAUCCACUGUGAAAAUUCACCGAACAGCUGGUUAAUAUUAUCUGAACACCUUUUUUUAAGCAGUGUGGCUGAGGUUCUGUUUGUUUGGAGGUUUUUGUGCAUUAUGGUGUACUAUCUUCCUGCAGUUGAACGACAGAUUGCUUUUGGCAGGAUUUCUGUCUCCAAAUUGCAACAACAAUGCAAACUUAGUAAAAUCCUCAACCAGCUUUAUUAAUUAAGUUUUCAGACCAUUUGUUCUUUGGUCUUCCAUACAAAGCUGGUGGCUGUGAUGAACUAUUUGAAUGCUGGAUUAAAUUUUAUAUUUACAGAUUAAAAUAAUGAUGCAAAUUUAUAAAGUUUUCUUUCUUUCUUUCUUUCUUUCUUUCUUUCUUUCUUUCUUUCUUUCUUUCUUUCUUUCUCUCUUUCUCUCUCUCUCUCUCUCUCUUUCUCUCUUUCUCUCUUUCUCUCUUUCUCUCUUUCUCUCUUUCUCUCUUUCUCUCUUUCUCUCUUUCUCUCUUUCUUUCUUUCUUUCUUUCUUUCUUUCUUUCUUUCAUUUUUAUUCCGGCCACCAGUUCUAUCUCUGGAAGCGUUUAGCUGUGCCGUGCAUUCAGCACCUGAAUAUAUUGAUUGCCAUGUAAGAAAAAUAACCAUUCAUGAACUGCUGCCUGAACAUUUGAACCUGAUAUCCCUCCCCCAUUCUUGACAAAAAUAAACAAAGCUAAGCUUUUAACAUGUUAUAGCAGAACGCUAAUCCAUAAUGGUUUAAAGAAAGCUCAACCGAUCACGACAGCAAAGAUAAACUGUUGAGCAGAUUAAAGGCAGAAAGCAAUUCUGUUCAACUAAAUCAGUUACGUAAGUUGGCCUACAACUGUAGCAUUUCCUCAGAAAUUAUGUGAAAGUUCUCUCUAUUGCUGUCAAUGUCCCCCAGAAAGGCAUGGCAGUAAAUUGUUAACACUGUUUAUAUGGUUUGGUAGCUGUGUUAUAGUGACAUGCUUGCAUGUGUAUGCAUAUGCACAUUUGUGUGCUUAAACCACCACCAUAGAGGUAAGGCUAAGGUACUAACAUAAACCAGAAGAAAGGAUGGGGAAAUACGACGUUAAUGCUACAAGGUUGUUCUUAACUUCCUUCAAGGUGAUUCUUAUUCACUAACAAGUGGGAUCCCCAAUCUUCACCAGGGAUAAUUCCAACCCUAGACUUGAUUCUUUUUUCCUGACAGACUUUAUUUUAAAAUAGUGUAAUAUUUAAAGAGGAUUAAAGAGGAACAAAGUCACGUUUCUGUCCUACAAAUAGAUGUGGAAUGGAAAUACCGAUGUGUCUUCAUGGAGCUUGAAACAAGGCUGAUGCCUUUUUGCCUACAAAGCCCAAUUCAAAACCCCUGAAAUAAACCAUUGACUUUGCAAGGUCCCAUAUUGAUUUGAUCCCUGCUGAGGAAGGGCAAGCAUUGCGUAAGAGGAGAAGGAUUUCAUUUCUGUCUUUGCAAUAUUAAAAAGGCUUCUGUGUUUUUGCUGCCAAUCACAGCCAUGGCCAGCAGCACCCCACCGCUUCCUGCUGUUGCUUUGUUGUCAGGGUCACAAGGAGGAUCCCACACUGUCCAGCAUGGACAGUACUGUGCUGCCAGAACCCCCCACUGUUUAAUUCUGCUUAUGAUCACCCAUGUUUUACAUUCUGGCUACAUUCCCUGCCAAAAGUGGUAAGUCAGAAACAUGGGUCUUUCCUGCCACACUGGGGGAAUCCGCCUGGUCCAUGCUUUCAAAGGCUCCUUUCUCUUUCUAAUACGUUUUAGUCUUCAGUCUGGAAAGAAACAUCUCUUCUUCCUGCCCUGACACAGUUUGGUCUCACGUUGGCAGGCUGCACAUUUUCAUUGUUGCUGUGCACUUGGAUCCCUCAGUUGCUGUGGACAAGCACCAGCACACAGCUCUGCCCGACAGCCAGGUUCAGCUUGUCCUGUUGUGCUCCGUGCCCUACAAGCUAGCGUGGAGAGCGGUUGUAGACACCUUGUAACCUACAAGGCAAACUGUAAUGACUAAGAUGAGGCUUGUGAAACACUUGAGAGGUCUGCUGCUGUUCGCUGUUUACCUGUGCUUUAAUUAAAGCAUUGCAGAUC